UUGAGAUCGGGUGUACAAAAUCUUCUAGACUCUUUUGAAAGGCAGGCCAUGCUUGGUUCGAAUCUGGCACAUAGCAGGCCUUGGGAUAAAGGAGCUAUGAAUUGGGGAGCAGGUUUUGGUACUUUGAUAUUAAAUGAUGUGGAGCGUAAGGAUAUGUGGGAAAAAUGUGAGUUGUCGAAGCAGCGUAAUCAGUGGGAAUAUAACGAAUGGUAUAAAGCAGGAGCAUUGUUGGAUAAGGCCCUGGUAACUUGUGAUAUAGCCUAUAUUCAUUUGGCAAGACAGGUUAUUACGAAGAGAGCAUAUAUGAUGAAAGUCGUUGAUAAAGAUGGAUGA